AUGGAGCUUACUGAAGACUAUAACGACAUGGAGUCUACACCUCCUCUUUCCACCCGCUCGGAGGGUCGACCACCGCGAAAAAUGCAGCAAAGCCCACAGGAUAUCAUGAGUCAAUUCUGGAAUCAAUUCAAUACCAAAUUUCCCGGUAAGGUCUUCACUGUUCUCCCUGAUAACCCCUAUGCACGCUCGAAAGCCGCGAGGAUACCGAGGGGUACAAUCAGAGGGCAGAAUGCGGGGAAAUCAUACGAACAAGCCAAGAGGGAAUGCCAACGGACCGUUGAACGCAUUGUCAAGGAGUGCAGGCGGGUGAAUCAAAAAUAUACGGAUCCGCAUUUCGACGUCGAGGUCGAUCUCAAAUCUGGAAGAAGAGACUGCCUGGACUCGCUGGGCCAGAAGAAUAUGGAAAUGCGCCCGAGGGGCGUGAAGAGAGUGACUGAAAUCUUCGAGAAUCCACAGUUCUUCGUCAAUGGGCCAACUGCUUCUGAUGUCCGCCAGGGCCGCGAUGGCGACUGUUGGUUCAUGGCUGCGCUUGGCACUAUGGGAAACAAGCAGGGUCUCAUAGAGAAGAUUUGCGUUGCGCGAGACGAGAAAGUUGGAGUCUACGGCUUCGUCUUUUACAGAGACGGAGAAUGGCAACAGUGUAUCGUGGAUGACAAGUUGUACCUGCGAGCAGCAGACUACGAUGAAUCCGUAGACGAGAGACCCAUUUGGGAUGACAUCAACCGAAAAGAUACCGAAGAGGAGUAUCGCAGAGUCUGGCAGACUGGCUCACGAGCACUCUACUUUGCCCAGUGUGUGGAUCCUAACGAGACAUGGCUGCCUUUGCUGGAGAAAGCCUAUGCCAAAGCGCAUGGUGAUUUCUCCUCCAUUGAGGGCGGUUUUGUAGGCGAGGCGAUCGAAGAUUUGACGGGUGGUGUCACAUCAGAUAUAUUGACCAGCAACAUCCUGGACAAGGAUCGUUUCUGGAACGAGGAAUUAAUGAAGGUUAACGAGGAGUUCCUCUUCGGCUGCGGCACCGGACUGUUCUCGAACUGGUUGGAUCCUAGCUAUCGAGGGCCCCCAAGAGACAGAAAAGGUAUAUCCGAGAAUCAUUCAUAUUCAAUUAUGGAUGCAAAGGAGAUUGAUGGCCAACGUCUGCUCCGAAUGAGGAACCCGUGGGGUAAGAAAGAAUGGAAUGGUGCCUGGAGUGAUGGUUCCGAGCAAUGGACUGCUGAAUGGAUGGAGAAACUGGGCCACAAAUUCGGAAACGAUGGCUUCUUCUGGAUCUCCUACGAGGAUCUCCUCAAAAAGUAUCAACAUCUUGAUCGCACACGUCUCUUCGGGCCUGAAUGGACCGUCACUCAACAAUGGACCACUAUCAACGUCCCGUGGUCUGCGGACUAUCACAGCACCAGGUUCAAGAUUGACGUGACCAAGGCUGGUCCGAUUGUCAUUGUCCUUUCUCAGCUCGACACUCGGUAUUUCAAAGGUCUGGCCGGCGAGUACGAUUUUGUCCUGAAAUUCAGGCUCCAAAAGGAGGAACAGGAAGAGUACAUCGUCCGCAGCCAUAGCAGCUAUCUCAUCAACCGAUCAGUGAACGCUGAAGUCGACCUCGAACCCGGCCGAUACUCCGUCCUCGUGAAGGUUACAGCCUACAGAUACGACAACAUCGAGUCUGCAGAAGAGGUUGUUAGCCGCCUCGCAUCAGAAAGGCGAGAGAAGCUGGUUCAGAUCGGUCUCUCGUACGAUCUUGCGCACGCAAAAGGCUUGGUCGUGGAGACGGAGCCAGAGAAGCAAGCGCGAGAAGAGCGUGAACAACGUCGGCGCAAGCUCGAAAGACGAAAACUGCGCGAGCAGACAAAGUUACGAUUGCAAAAAGCAUGGAUCCGCGAGCGCAAGAUGGAGUUACGGAAAAAGAGAGCCACAGAGAGACGUUCGACAUCAAGCAGCGGCAGUCUAAGCGACAAGCUUAACCAGCGGCCCACCGAGCAAAUUAUCCCCGAUGGACCCGAGCAAUCACCAGCAGAUAUGUCUAAUGGUUCUGUCAACGGCUUUGGUGCAAAGUCUUCCCAAAACGGCAGCGUUCCGAGCAUUCACCUCCCUGGACAGAAUGGCUCCAAGUCGAUGAGACAACGGAGCCGGGACAUUCCCCGCUCGAGUGUGGACACAUCUGUCUCUUCGUCAUAUUCGGUCGUUUAUAGCGAACAGGAGCUGCUGGAAGGGUUCGAGUUUGACUCCGACCUUGAUAUGCCCUCCGAGGAGCACAUGGAGCCGAAGACGGCUCCCGCAGCAUCCAAUACCGGUGCCGGGGCCAGCAGCGACCCCUGGAACGCGGUAUGUGUAGUAGGAUUGCGGGUAUAUUCCAAGGAUCCUCAAUUGUCUCUUGAGGUCGCUCGUCCUAUGGCCGAAGACGACGUUGAAGCGGCUCUGGACAUGGAUGAUCCGGCUGCAAGUGCAACUCUAGAGAAGGCCAAGUGCCGGUCGAUCCCGACCAACUGGUCUUGA